AUGUCAUUUUUAUUUAAAAAAAAAAAAGAUAAAAGCAGCACAGAUUCUAAAGAUAAAAAAAAAGAUACAAAGAAAAAAGACAGCAAGAAAAAAGACAAGAAAUCAAUGAGCAAACUAUCAAUUGACUCAUUACCAAAUCUUUUAUUAGCCAAUAUAUUGACAAUUGUUAGCGACGAGCACCACGACAAUGUUAGUGCAUACAGAUUAGUUUGUAAAUUAUGGAGCGAUGUCAUUGUCAAGCAGGUACCAGUUCGUAUAAAUUUCAAUAAGAAGACCAGCGAUAGCAAACAAUUGUUGGGAUUCUACCAUGUACAUAGAACCAUUGUAAAGUUUUCAAAAAUUUCAUAUCUUUCUUUUAGAGCCAACAAAUCAUUGGAUGUAGAUUUACUUUUAGAUUUAUUUAAUGGUUCACAAAAAAGAUUUUGUGAAUCAUUGGUCCAUUUGGAUAUUGGCAAAAUGGAAUUACAAACCCGUGACCCUAAAAUGCAACUCAUCAAUACCGUUUUAAAGAACUUCCCAAAUCUUGCAGUCCUCGAUAUCUCUGAAAAUGAAAUUAAUACAGCCUCUCUUAGAUUGUUUGCCGAUUCUUUAUCAAAUAACUCCUCUUUACAAUGUUUAAAUAUCUCUAUAAACCCAAUUGGUGACGAAGAGGGUUGCAAACUAUUGGGUAGUAAAAUCUUUAAAGAGUCAAGAAAUUCAAUUAGAUUCCUCAACGUCAGAGCAUGCGGUAUCAAUGGCGUUAGUAUCGAACAAAACCACAACAACUUUAAUGCUUUAGAGUCAUUGUUCUUUGACGACUCUACCAGUAGUUUAUAUCCAAAGGUACACAAAAUACACAGUUUAUUAGUAGGUCAUAAUCCUCUUGGUGUAAGUGGCGCUGCUACACUUGAAAAGUUACUUUUAAAGAACGAUUCAUUGGGAUAUUUAGAUAUGGAGUAUUGUUCACUUUCAACUGACGGCUUUUUAAUGCUCUCUAAAGCGCUCCUUCAAAAUAUUUCUUUAGAAUUCCUCGAUCUUUCAAAUAAUCAAAUUAAUUAUACCGAUGAGGUUAGACUCUUUGAAGAAAAUUUUGAAAAACACAGACAAUCAAAACUAGUACAUUUGGAAACCUCAAUGAACAAGUGGCAAUACGAAAAAAGAAAGCACAAUUCCGAAUCAUUUUUAUUCCCAUUACUCUGUUUAAAAAACUAUGACCUAAGAUACACCCUUGUCGAUUGCUUAUCAUCAAUAGAGAAUAAGGGAUACUAUUGUCCAUUAAAAUUUAGACAAUUAUCAGUCAUUUCAGAUAAACCUUUGUAUUCUCAAAGAAAGUGCGAAUAA